ACUGCAUCAGUGGUCUUCCAGUUUAACGACGGUGCAGCUCUUGUUUAAAUUAGUAUAAGACUUGGCCUAUUCUCUCAGCUGCAUCCGGGACGAAAAACACUUAAAGCAUUUAAAAGUCUGUUCUAAUUUUUAUUCAUGGAUAUGCGCGUUAAAGAACACACCGGCUGUCCGGGCGUACUUUGAGAACUCGUGAGCCAAGGGAUACUUUCCAAUGAGUUACUGGUACAUACAUACAUAAACUUCAACAGUCAGUAUUAAUCAGUAUUAACGGUUUUAAGAACACACAGGAUGAGGCUCAGAGACAUCUCGAAGGGACUAGUGGAGAGAUCGUCACAACGUAUUGUUUUAUAUGUACUGCUUGUUCUGAGUUUUGUCGGGAGGAACGCAGUUCACGGAAGUUGUACUUCGAUGUCCAAGGAAAAUUGUUAUCAGCUUACCAACAGAUUCAGUAUCCAUGGUAAAGAUUUAACAAACCAAACUUAUGAUGCGAUAUUGGGAGAAUCCGUCCCGAUGUACUGUGAGGUUUGGCAGAAUAGCACGAUCACUGAAGACCAAGUGAACAUCUACAUUUACAAAAACGCCACCGAGUACUCAAGGCGGUAUGGGGUCGCGAGAGGGAGGCUCAUCUCAUGCGAGAAGGACCACUGUACCUAUACGUAUUCCAAGAUAGUUAACGCCAGUCCGACGGACGCUGGCGUCUACACGUGUUACGGCGCAGGCUAUGGAAGCGCCAACGUCCUAUCUAUUGUCGGGAACAUUACGCUUAACGUAGCAGCAAUAUCUCCCCUAAAUUUAACUGGACCUUGGCCGGAGACUGCCCAAGGACAGGAGACUGACCAGGUCACUUUCCAUUGUAAUGGGACAGGCUAUCCCAGGCCGCGUUACCACUGGGUGAAGGGUGGUGUAGAGAUAUUACGCAACUCAAGUCACACUGUAAUUACUGACACAGGAACGUUGACCAUUGUAAACGUAACGCUUGAAGACGCCGGAAACUAUUCAUGCACGGUCCAUAACAGACUAAUGAACCUCACGUCCGACCACAGCACGUCUUUUACGGUGGCGCCUCUACCGGUGCUAGGGCUAAACGACAGUGAUAAUUUUAAACAAUAUCGCGCCGAUGCAAGUAAGCAAGAUGAAGCUGCAGACGGGAUUAUUGCCGCCAGUGCAUCAACGGCCGCAGUUGUAAUACUGAUCAUCCUAAUAAUCGCGGCAGUGACACUGAAGUUGCGGGGUUUCAGAAGAAACUUGAAAUACGAAGUGGAAGAAGAAGGUUACAUGCAUUAUGAUGACGUCGGUGCUGCAAAUUUAGCUUAUACCAACGUGGCAGACGACGCGAAGUGGGAGACGCCCCGGGAAAAGGUCACUUUGCUGGACGUGGUCGGAGAAGGGGCGUUUGGUCAGGUGGUCAAGGCGGAAAUGGCCGGAAAAGAGCCGGAAGAUGCAGCAAAUACGGUGGCUGUUAAAAUGGCCAAAGAUGAAGCUGAUAAGAAGGACUUACUGAAUGAGUUGAAAGUGAUGAAGAUAAUAAUUCCACAUCCUAACGUAGUCCGUCUCCUCGGCUGCUGCACAGAGAACGAUCCAGUUUUGGUCAUCAUAGAAUUCAUGCCGCAUGGCAACUUGCUGAGCGUCCUCCAGAAGAGCCAAGUUCCACAGGGCAAUGUCCCUCCCGAAGACGCUUUAACCGAAACAGAACUUUUGUCUUUCGGAUGCCAGGUAGCAAGCGGAAUGGCGUUCUUAGACGAGUUAAAGCUUCUCCACCGAGAUCUGGCCGCUAGAAACGUGCUUGUCGGUGAAGGCAAAACCUGCAAGAUAUCCGACUUUGGUCUGGCAAGGGACAUCAUAGACAGCCAUAUGUAUGUGAAGAAAUCUCAGGCUCGUGUACCUAUAAAGUGGAUGGCGCCCGAGUCCAUUUUCCGCAGCGAGUAUACGAACAAGAGCGACGUCUGGUCGUUUGGGGUGUUACUGUGGGAGAUUAUGACCCGAGGACAAGUGCCGUAUCCAGGACUUGGUGCGAUAGAUGUCGCUCGUGCAAUACAGAGGGGUCUCCGUAUGCAGUGUCCAAUAGGAUGUAGACCUCAGAUCUAUGCCAUCAUGAGAGACUGCUGGCAGCCACAACCAGAGGACCGCCCGCUGUUCAAAGACGUGGAAGCGAGACUGAAAGUCGUAUUACAAGCCACGGAGAAUGCCGAUGAGGACAACCUGCAAUGUCCACCUAACAAUCCCGCUGUCGAUUACGUCCGUCAUGAAGAUCUGGUCCCCUGUGUGCAGGGGUGAAUGAGAAUGACGAUGUCAUUACUUACGAUAUUCUCGGGAUUAUAACGAUUAAUAUAGACAUGGUUAUUCAGAGUACACAAUAUAAUGCAGGGUCAUUUAAUUUGUCUGUCUACCUGUCUGCCUAUCUCAAUAUCCGCCUUACUGCCUGUCUGUCUAACAGUCGAUUUUUCUCCACAUUAAAGAGCUUACAUUUUUUGCUCAAAGUGCAUGCAUGAUAUUAAAACGGGUGCUUCUCUAAUAUCACUUCAUGACAAAUAAUUAUAGAAGCCUGAAACAAGUGUACUGGUCAGUAUUAGGCGUUUAUGACGUAACCUGUAAGACAUUUUUUAUGUUGAAGUCUGAAUGAGAUGCUUGUGCCGUAAGGGUAUUUUCAGUAUUGACGUUUAUUUGAGUUGCUUGUGACGUAAGAUAAUUUUCUUUGUUGACGUCUGAAUAAAUUGCUAAUGUACGGGAA